UUUCUUCACCAUAGUGUUUAUAGCUGGUGUUUGUUUCCAGAGGCCAAACCUCCCUCCACUCCCUCGCAGAAUUCUGCUGACGGAACAUUUUACACAAGCUUCAGAAAAAGAACAGAACAUUACAGUCCGAUUUAAUGUGUUUACUAGAGAACGCCUCAAAAGAACUGUCUGUAUGUUUCAAUAUGUAAACAUUGAGGAGAGAUGUUUGGAAGAUGGAAUGCAAAAUCAUGCCGGCAGACACCAUAAUCGCAGAGCUUUUAACAGAGCUCCAUCAACUCAUCAAGCAGACGCAGGAGGAGCGGUCGCGCAGUGAACACAACCUGCUCAACAUCCAGAAAACACACGAGAGGAUGCAGACUGAGAACAAGACCUCCCCUUAUUACCGGACUAAGCUGAGGGGACUCUACACCACAGCCAGAGCAGACGCUGAGGCAGAGUGCAGUAUUCUUCGUCAUGCCCUCGACAAAAUUGCAGAGAUCAAAUCCUUAUUGGAGGAGAGGCGAAUAGCGGCUAAGAUGGCAGGGGUGAACAGCGACAAUGACCCCCCCAGGAAGACCAUGCGGAGGGGGGUGCUGAUGACACUGCUCCAACAGUCAGCCAUGACGCUCCCGCUGUGGAUCGGCAAGCCAGGAGACAGUCCUCCUCCCCUGUGUGGGGCGAUGCCAGCCAGCAGUGACUACGUGGCCAAGCAGGGGGACAAGGUGGCAGCGCGGGUCAAGGCCGUGGACGGAGACGAACAGUGGAUCCUGGCCGAGGUGGUCAGCUACAGCCACUCCACCAACAAGUACGAAGUGGAUGACAUUGAUGAGGAAGGAAAAGAGAGACACACCCUGAGCAGGCGGCGUAUCAUCCCCCUGCCCCAGUGGAAGGCCAACCCAGAGACGGACCCGGAGGCCCUGUUCAGUAAAGACCAGCUGGUGCUGGCCCUCUACCCCCAGACCACCUGCUUCUACAGAGCCCUCAUCCACACACACCCACACCGGCCCCAGGACGACUACUCAGUGCUGUUUGAGGACACGUCGUACGCAGACGGCUACUCCCCGCCCCUCAACGUAGCUCAGAGAUACGUGGUGGCCUGCAAAGAGAACAAAAAAAAGUAAAGAAGAGAAGAGGGAGUCAGUCGAAAUCAAGGGGACUGAAGAUGCUGUGUAGACAAGUGUUCCAAGACAAGUGUUUCCAACCACCCCUCUCCCCAGAAUAACAAUGGGUUCCAUACCCUAGCCACACGUAUGGACACACUGAGGGCAGGUUUGGGCAGCUAUCUGUGAGGCUCAGUCAAUCUAGGGAGUUGUAUUGAUAUCCAACGGUGUGUUAUCAUGGCUCAUCUGUAUGAUCAUCGUGAGAGUGCAGGAUGUUCUGUGCUCUGUUCUGUCUGUAUUGGCCUGGUGGUGACAUGACUAUGCUUCUUGUGGAACGGGCUAUGCUGCAUGUGUGAUGUAAAAAAAAAAAAACGUUAACAAAAAAAAAAGUUUUUUAAAUUUGUAUGUUGACUAUGGACACUGAGUAAGAAUAAAUGUUUUUUUAUAUACAGUACCAGUCAAAAGUUUGGACAUAGCUACUCAUUCAAGGGUUUUUCUUUAUUUGUACUAUUUUCUACAUUGUAGAAUAAUGAAAUAACACAUGGAAUGUAUGUAACCAAAAAAGUGUUAAACAAAUGAAAAUAUAUGACAUAUUUGAGAUUCUUCAAAGUAGCCACCCUUUGCCUUGAUGACAGCUUUGCACACUCUUGGCAUUCUCUCAACCAGCUUCAUGAGUAACCUGUAAUGCAUUUCAAUUAACAGGUGUGCCUUGGUAAAAGUGAAUUUGUGAAAUGUCUCCUUAAUGCGUUUCAGCCAAUCAAGGUAGGGGUGGCAUACAGAAGAUAGCCAUAUUUGGUAAAAGACCAAGUCCAUAUUAUGGCAAGAACUGCUCAAAUAAGCGAAGAGAAACAACAGUCCAUCAUUACUUUAAGACAUGAAGGUCAGUCAAUCCAGAAAAUCUCAAGAACUUUGAAUGUUUCUUCAAGUGCAGUCACAGAAACCAUCAAGCACUAUGAUGAAACUGGCUCUUCAUGAGGACCGCCACAGGAAGACCCAGAGUUACCUCUAUUGCAGAGGAUAAGUUCAUUGGAGCAGAAAUUGCAGCCCAAAUAAAUGCUUCAUGUAGUUCAAGUAACAGACACAUCUCAACAUCAACUGUUCAGAGGAGACUGCAUGAAUCAGGCCUUCAUGGUAAAAUUUCUGAAAAGAAACGACUAAAAAAAGGAUACCAAUAAGAAAAAGAGACUUCCUUGGGCCAAGAAACAUGAGCAAUAGACCGGUGGAAAUCUGUAAUUUGGUCUGAUGAGUGGAAAUUUUAGAUUUUGGGGUCCAACCGCCGUGUCUUUGUGAGACGCUGAGUAGGUGAACGGAUGAUCUCCGCAUGUGUGGUUCCCACCGUGAAGCAUGGUGGUGUGGCGAUGCUUUGCUGGUAAAACUGAUUUAUUUAGAAUUCAAGGCACACUUAACCAGCAUGGCUACCACAGCAUUCUGCAGCGAUACGCCAUCCCAUCAGGUUUGCGCUUUGUGGGACUAUCAUUUGUUUUUCAACAGGACAAUGACCCAACACACCUCCAGGCUAUGUAAGGGCUAUUUGACCAAGGAGAGUGAUGGAGUGCUGCAUCAGAUGAUCUGGCCUCCACAAUCACCCGACAUCAACCCAAUUGAAAUGGUUUGGGAUGAGUUGGACCGCAGAGUGAAGGAAAAGCACCCAAUAAGUGCUCAGCAUAUGUGGGAACUCCUUCAAGACUGCUGGAAAAGCAUUCUAGGUGAAGCUGGUUGAGAGAAUGCCAAGAGUGUGCAAAGCUGUCGUCAAGGCAAAGGUGUCCAAACUUUUGACUGGUACUGUACACAUACAUAAACUCAGCAAAAAAAGAAUUGUCCUCACUGUCAACUGCAUACAUUUUCAGCAAACUUAACACGUGUAAAUAUUUGUAUGAACAUAAUGUGUCCCUGAACAAAGGGGGGGGUCAAAAUCAAAAGUAACAGUCAGUAUCUGGUGUGGCCACCAGCUGCAUUAAGUACUGCAGUGCAUCUCCUCCUCAUGGACUGCACCAGAUUUGCCAGUUCUUGCUGUGAGAUGUUACUCCACUCUUCCACCAAGGCACCUGCAAGUUCCCAGACAUUUCUGGCGGGAAUGGCCCUAGCCCUCACCCUCCGAUCAAACAGGUCCCAGAUGUGCUCAAUGGGAUUGAAAUCCGGGCUCUUCGCUGCCCAUGGCAGAACACUGACAUUCCUGUCUUGCAGGAAAUCACGCACAGAACGAGCAGUAUGGCUGGUGGCAUUGUCAUGCUGGAGGGUCAUGUCAGGAUGAGCCUGCAGGAAGGGUACUACAUGAGGGAGGAGGAUGUCUUCCCUGUAACGCACAGCGUUGAGAUUGCCUGCCAUGACAACAAGCUCAGUCCGAUGAUGCUGUGACACACCGCCCCAGACCAUGACGGACCCUCCAACUCCAAAUCGAUCCCGCUCCAGAGUACUGGCCUCGGUGUAAUGCUCAUUCCUUCGACGAUAAACCGAAUCCGACCAUCACCCCUGGUGAGACAAAACCGCGACUCGUUUUGUCAGUCCUGUCUGGCAAAAAUAUCACUUUUUGCCAGUCCUGUCUGGUCUAGCGACGGUGGGUUUGUGCCCAUAGGUGAUGUUGUUGCCGGUGAUGUCUGGUGAGGACCUGCCUUACAACAGGCCUACAAGCCCUCAGUCCAGCCUCUCUCUGCCUAUUGCGGACAGUCUGAGCACUGAUGGAGGGAUUGUGCGUUCCUGGUGUAACUCGGGCAGUUGUUGUUGCCAUCCUGUACCUGUCCCACAAGUGUGAUGUUCGGAUGUAUUGAUCCUGGUCUCCCUGUAGCGCUGUCUUAGGCGUCUCACAGUACAGACAUUGCAAUUUAUUGCCCUAGCCACAUCUGCAGUCCUCAUGCCUUCUUGCAGCAUGCCUAAGGCACGUUCACGCAGAUGAGCAGGGACCCUGGGCAUCUGUCUUUUGGUGUUUUCCAGAGUCAGUAGAAAGGCCUCUUUAGUGUCCUAAGUUUUCAUAACUGUGACCUUAAUUGCCUACCGUCUGUAAGCUGUUAGUGUCUUAACGACCGUUCCACAGGUGCAUGUUCAUUAAUUGUUUAUGGUUCAUGGGAAACAGUGUGGGAAACAGUGUUUGGGAAACAGUGUUUAAACCCUUUACAAUAAAAAUCUGCGAAGCUA